GAUUAUGUCUUGACUCCCUCUUCCAAUCUCAGCCUUUCUCUCUCCCUGUCUCCACGUUUACGCAUUUUUUACUGAAUUGGAGAUCCAUCCUCAUUCUUCCAUUAUUAUUCAUUUUUAAUUACUAAAGUAUAAUUUAUAUGUAUAUUUUUUUUCCCAAUAGUAAUCUGUAUAAACUUUAGAUGAUAAUCAAAUUUAUAUGUCGCACUCCUUUUCUUUCACCAAGAACUUCAUUUUUUAGCUCAAAACGUCACUUCUUGUCUUGCCGUCCAGUGAAACUCAGUUUCUGCCAAAAUCAAGGCAAAUUGACCAAGAUUAGGUGUGGAAUUAAUCUAAAUACAAGGUCAUCAAUGAGUUGCUCUGCAACUCCGGCAAUGGCAAAGGAGAAAGAAAUGGUACAAGUGGAUAGAAUAUUAGCUGCAAAAGAGGAUGACUAUGGUGGGGUGACGGUUGAAAUGACUAAUGAGCCAUUGGACCCUUCUGUCUUUGCGUCUUUGCUUAGAGCUUCACUUUCUCAUUGGAGACAACAGGGUAAAAAAGGUGUUUGGAUCAAAUUGCCUAUUGAACUUGUAAUGCUUGUUGAACCUGCUGUCAAGGAAGGAUUUAUUUACCACCACGCAGAACCAAAAUACUUGAUGCUUGUGAGUUGGCUGCCUGAAACUGCGAACACUAUUCCAGCAAAUGCUACACAUAGAGUGGGUAUUGGUGCUUUCGUCGUGAAUGAAAGGAAUGAGGUGCUAGUUGUCCAAGAAAAGAGUGGACGAUUCCGUGGAACCGGUGUGUGGAAGUUUCCUACCGGAGUUGUUGAUGAGGGUGAAGAUAUAUCUGAUGCCGCUGUCAGAGAAGUGAAAGAAGAGACAGGGGUUAAUGCGAAGUUUGUAGAAUUACUGGCAUUCAGGCAAAGUCACAGGUCAUUCUUUGACAAAUCAGAUCUAUUUUUCGUCUGCAUGUUGCAACCUCUUUCCCAUGAUAUCCAGAUGCAAGAGAGAGAAAUAGAGGCAGCCCAGUGGAUGCCAUUUGAACACUAUGCAGCUCAGCCAUUUGUCCAAGGACAUGAUCUUCUCAGAUACAUCUCUGACAUAUGCUCGGCGAAGAUGGAGGGUAGGUAUACGGGCUUCUCACCAGUUCCUACAGUAACCGGUUUUUCUGCAAAGAAAACCUACUUGUACAUGAACGGCAAUGUCAGAACAACUGGUCAGCAACGACCCCUAAUAUAUGGAUAGAAAGUUCGAGUCACUGUGACUUCAAUGAAGUUUAUAAAGGUGCAAUUCUUUUUUGGAAUAAACAUUAGAUCAAAAGUGUUUUGUGAUGGAAAAUUGGCUUUCAGGUUUACAUUUUUGUAUGUGAUACGUGAUGCUUCAAGUGUACACCAAGAAUUAUUUGUGUAUUCAAGUUUCUUUGAUUGACCUUUGUAACUAUCUUCUAC